CAGGGGCGGCUGUCCAAAACGUAUUUCUUAUUUUUGCAGUUCGUUCUGUGAAGCGGCGUGAGAGAUGCACGCUGGCCACGCCUCCGCUGCCCGGUUGACUGCCUCUAUAUGACUGGUUGUGCUGCCCAAGUGCAUGGCCACAGCACGGCCACUGCUCGCUCUUGACCACUAAAUCCCGCCUCCGGCAACAGGCAUCCGGCGACUGUGUCUGUGACUAGCGAUGUCUGAUCUGACUGUAUCCCGCCGGCGACUCCUCCCUCCAACGUUGGCUGCUGGUCCAAAUCUGAAGAGCUAAUACUUUUUGCAAUAUAAAAAUUAUAAAUUUGUACACAAAAAUUAUGCAAGAUCUGGCUAAGGCUGUGGCGGUUAUGCAUCCAUCCCCUCAAUGUUGUCUGCCUGCCCGUGCGUACGUGCGUAUUCUGGUUUCUGGCUACUGGCUACUGGCUGCCGCCUGCCUGGUUAUGUAAUCGAUGUUCGAUCGGAGCGCUCAUGACUGCUCGCUAAACGCCCUUUCGAUGAGGUGGUGUCCCCCAUUGGUCCACAUCUUACUAGACAGACAAUCCAAACUCUCGGUGUUAAGCGAUAACCAUAAAAACGAUGUGUGUGUCCGUCCUCUCUCUGAAAGCGCAUUAAGAUCUGAAGGACUACAUGCGUCAGGCUGGCGAGGUUACCUAUGCGGAUGCGCACAAGCAGCGUCGUAAUGAAGGCGUGGUUGAGUUUGCCUCUUUGUCGGACAUGAAGACGGCUAUUGAGAAGCUCGAUGACACAGAGCUGAAUGGCAGACGUGUGCAUUUGGUGGAGGAUCGUCGUGGAGGACGCAGCGGUGGUGGCAGCGGUGGUGCUAGUGGUGGUGGUGGCGGCGGCGGACGUGGUCGUUCUCGUUCAUCCAGCUCGCGCUCACGUUCUCGCUCCCGCAGGCGUUCUCGCUCCCGUCGCUCUUCGCACUCGCGUUCCAAGUCUCGCAGCCGCUCCAAGUCCCGUGGUGGACGCUCCAAGUCCAAGUCGCCCGUUAAGUCGCGCUCUCGUUCCCGCUCACGCUCAAACAAAUCGCGUGAUGUUUCCAAGUCGAAAUCAAAGUCCCACUCGCGCACUCGUUCCCGUUCGCCCAAGCGUGAGCGUGAUUCGCGUUCUCGUUCUCGCUCCAUUUCGAAGCAGCGUGAGUCACGCUCCCGUUCACGUUCCAAGUCGAUCCAUCGCGACUCUCGUUCACGCGAUCGUUCCGCCUCCGUUGACAACAAGUCGCGUUCGCGCUCCCGCUCCCGUUCGGCCUCGCCUAAAAACGGAAAUGCCUCACCGGACCGCAAUAACGAGAGCAUGGACGAUUAGAUUAGUUAGCUGUCCCAUUAAUAUUAAAACACUUGAUUUUAGAUUUUUACUAUAACUAUUCUACAAACAUCCACACAGACACCUUAUCCUCUAACCCUGCGUCACUGGCACACAGACACACAGCUAACGA